UUGCUGUGCUGCAGCACGAUGUUUCUCUAUGUACCUUCAGGCUUAUCGUCAGCACGUUUUGUCAGUGAUCAACUGAACUUGGCGGAUGUGAACGCGGAUGCCUACAUAGUUGGUGUUCGUCUACAGGCUGUUCACUGUACGGUAAUAAGUUAAUAACGAUAUUAGAAAGCCCAGCACCUUCCGUCAGAUUCACUUGUUUCUUGAGCUGUAAUAUCGCGCCCGUACCUCAUUAUUAUCAUCGGAAAUUUAUUGACGAAACCUGGCCAGGAUAAUGUAAUUAGAGAACAGGUACUAAUGUCAUGAUAUUAUUAGCGUUCUGCUGUGGUCAGAAUUGUACGUGGAACUGUGGAAGGACGACGUUCUCGCUUUUUAACUGAUCGUUCGAGGUCUACUGAGCAAUACAACAUACUGUACAACAAGCUCCGACAAGUAAACGAUGAAUAAAGAAAAAAACCAGAUGAUUCGCGAACUACGCAGCUCCGGCUUUACACGGCAGGAAAUCGCGGCACGCGUGGGCAUCGGGUUUAAUGCACUGCGAGCGGUUCUCGAAAAGGAACGAUUAACACGACGACGUGCGACGCGGACCGAGGAGCAGAAGCAGAACAUCAUCAGGCUGGCAUGCAAAGGGAAAAACAGUCCCGCGCAAAUUGCGAAGCAGCUCAACCUUGGCUUGACUACCGUGAAGCGCAUCCUGCGAAUCGCCGGCGUUACGGAAGAGCAGAGAACAACCAUUCUCCAACUGUUCCAUCGCGGCUACUCAAAACUAAAUAUUAUGCGCGAGGUUAACGUCGAAGCUGACGCGGUGGUUGCUGUAAUUAGCCGCGCUGGACACAGCUUUGCCGCGCGGGAUACAAUCAAUGUCAGCCAGGAGCAGAAAGCAGAAAUACUCAAGUGCUUCGACAAAGGCCACAGUGGGCCACACAUCCGGGAGAAGUUUGGAAUCUCCGAAAGCAUUUUGAAGAUAUUAUUGCGGCAGAACGGAAAAUCGUUUCAGGAACGCCAUCGACAGCUUUCCCAGCGGAGGCGAGAUGCUGUUUUGAAGCUGCGUGCCGAGGGGUUGUCUUGGGAUGGGAUCGCAAAGGAGGUCAAAACCGGUACAUGGACCAUAUGGCAGAUCUUGAAGAAUGCCGACCAAGACACGUCGGAUGAGUCUUCACAGAGCACUGCGUUUUCCGGACCGGAUUUAAAUAGUCCCCACGAAGAACAGGCCAUCCAGGCACGGCAGGUUAACGAGUUCGGUUGUGGUGACAUAGUGCAAGGGUGCCAGAAGUCGAAGCGGGAAUCGCAUGGUCUCGUUCAACGUUCGAUUACACAGCCAUUAGGCGAUACGGAUGAUGACUGUCGUGGCGCUGUCCCCAAGCGGCGAAGGUCCGCUCGUUUAUUGGCGAAAAGACUUCGCCCCACCGAUUGCAACCGGGAAGCUAGAGAUUAUUUUGGUUCCUCAGCAGACUGUUAUGGUCCCUCAGCAGAGUUGCACGAAGAAGAAAGCACGGGCAUUAUGCUUCUAGUUGCACAUGGUGUCGAAAAGGAAGUCAGUAACCGGCAUUCCGGGAAAAGCCAAUCUGUUGCUGCUGCAAACAGCCGCCAAACGAAUACAGCGGAUGCACAGCGGUCGCUAUCUCCCGAAAUCGAAGUGCGUAACUUCUCACCACAUUAUAACGUAGUGGACAGCGAAGCCUCCACCGUACCGGCUAUUACUAGUACUCCCUCUACUUUGCCAAACCACCGGGUCAUGAAACUGCGAGAAAUUGUAACUGAAUGGAUCAGCAACCACUACCAGGAUCUGCAGUGCGUCGUUGUGAAACUGUGCGAACAGACUUGCACUAAGGCAGUAGCUUAACGAUGCAUGCCAGAAGCCACGCCGUUGCGAGAUGCCAGUGGUGACGCCAACGAGCGGCAUCCCAGCAUCAAUGAGACACAUCCUGUUUGUUAACUGUCUGGUGAAAGUCAGUCUGUUCUUGUAGUCGACAACUAGCUCGUUAAUUACAAUACUGAGCGGCUACAUAAAAUUGUUUUCUCAUGUCGACUGGAGUAUGUCAAAGCUUUUUUAUUCACAAAUGAAUUUUGACUAGAAUGUUGGUUUUGUUUGAUUUGUUUGUGUUUAGCGCACUUCACUGACAUCAACCGGACGUCAGACUGUUUGCACAUAGAA